UCAUAGUGUUAAUACUUCUUGUAAUGCUGCACAGCACUUUGGCCGAUUCUGGAACACCUGCACGUGCUUUAGCUAAACGAACUGGAGCCACACAAUUCGAAGAGGAAAUAUACGAAACGAGUCCCGACUCUAAUGAACACAAGCACCAUCUUAAAAAACGUUCGUCAGAUGAGGAUGUAGACUAUGAAGUCUACCAAGGUGUAGUUGGUCGACCUGGUAUAGAUUUCCCCAUAUAUCCACGGAUACCAAAAACUUCAUUUAGUUGUAGAUCAUUCGGAAAUGGAUAUUUUGCUGAUAUGGAAACUGAUUGUCAGGUCUUUCACAUAUGUGAAGAAGGCCGCAAGAUAUCUUUCCUAUGCCCGAACGGAACGAUAUUUCAGCAAAGUGAACUCAUUUGUGAUUGGUGGUUUAAAGUCAAUUGUUUGGGUUCAUCUGGUUUUUAUGCUGAAAGCUCCGAAAUUUUGAAUAAGCAGAAAGUCCAACGUCUACGCCCAUCGGUACCUGUGCAAGGCUUUAAUAUCGUGGGCGGCGGUUUAAAUAUAAAACCAAAUAUAGGUAACAGUGUUGGACUUGCAAGACCACGUAAUAAAUCAGAACGUCGUAUUGACUCCAAUGAAGAACCAUCUGUAGAAACUAUCGAUUUUGAUGAUAUUUCUGCCGAAAAACCAAAAGUCUUAACAAAUAUCGAUAACAAUAACAACGAACAUGAAGCACAAGAGACUGCCGAAAGCGGUUCACUUAUAGGCGCCAAUAGACGCAACAAUUUCAAUUACGAUAAAGGUAAUACCGAUCCCAGUACUAAUAAAAUUAAGCAAAACAGUCGUGCCAAUACGACACCAAACAAUAGCAAACGUUCUAACAAUGAACGGGGAGCACAAACUAAAAAUAAUUGGAAUCCACCAAAUGGUGAGCCCAGCGAACGCGCACGUAAUGGUCAACGUGGUAAACAACGCUACAGAGAGGACAAAACACCAAUUACAGCUUCCGUAGAACUUAAUGGUAGCGGUGAAAAAACCACCGUAUUACGUGUACAAAAACCAUUGCAAGUUGUACCAUUCGAUAUAAGCGGCAGAUCCAAUGGCAAAAGUAGUAUUAGUGCGGAGCCAGCUGACCAAACUGAUUACUAUCAAACACAAUCUACACGCACUAUAGAAAAGUCGAAGAGUACUACACCAUCACAUUCAAUUGGCACUUACUCCACAGCUAGACGUUUAGAUUCCACAAAAACAACUGCAUUCUAUACACCAACAGUGCCAUCGGUUUCCAAGCCAAAGACUACAGAAGGCAAAAGUUAUUACGUGAAGGGUAAAGGUGGUGUAAACAAUCCAGCUACUACACCAAACACAAAUCGUUUUAACAGUGCGACUGGUACGAGUUUGGUACUUGAAUCAAGCACUACCCGCAAACCUACUACAUUUGUUGCUGAAACUGAAAGCACUAUUUCAACUACUUUCAAACCAAUCGUCAUAGGCAUGCGUCAUAACUAUGAUACUCCAGCUGAAAUUCAAAGAUUUAGCUUACAAUCAGGUAAUCUAUUGGCCUCACAGAAAGACAAAAAAAAUUUUGAGUUUACAACUACAACAGCUGCACCUACAGGACCUACAUACUUGCCUAAGAGCGCUGCAUCACCAACAGGUAACGAUGAUGCAGGUGGCGAUUCGGUACUAUUUGCACCCAUUCCUGCAGUAGGUGAUACGAUUUCACGCAAUGUUAACGAAAUGAUUAAAACAAUUAAUUUAAUAAAAGAUGAAUUUGAUGAUGUCUCGCAAAAUAAAUAUCAAGGCGAAGUACGUGCUGGACUUGAAAUUCCGCCAUCGUCCGGUCCAGAUGCAUUAUUCUCGCUUGCUAAAUACUUUGCUGCUGAACAAAAUGGUUCAUCUGCAAACGCUUUACCCGCUGAUGUUAAAGAGAGUAAAACUAAAGCGUUAGGAAAUGUAAAUGUGGGUUCAGCAAGAUCAGCUACAGGCUUGAAACCUUCUGAUACUACUGCUUUAUUAACCACACCUGCCACAGAUAAAGUAAAUGUCAAAUCUGAUGAUAUAGCGGCAGGGUUACUAAGAGAGAAAACUGUAACACAAUACAGUAAUCUUUUCGGCCUUAAAGACGCAAAAGGCAAACAACAAGAAGACACUGAAGUCAGCAAAACCGAAACCACUACCAGUUCACACUCACAAUUCGACAACACAAAAACCAGUCUUUUUCCACAAAUUGGAAGCACUGAUGCUACCAUACGCCAACUAGCUGAAAAAGCCGACUCACGUAAAAUAGCGCAAGUGUUUUCAAAUGCACUUAAUACUUAUUUAGAAGACCCCAAGACAUUCCGCGCACAAUUGGCAUCAGUACGACCAACAGAGCCGUCCGCGCAUAAACCCAACUUCGAAAUUGUAACAGUAACAGAUCCCUCAUUAUUUAAGUCAGGUACAGGCGCUUCAUACUUACCCACUAAACCUACACCAGCUAUUGAAAGUACAACUAAACGAGGCAACAUCGCGGCGGAAAUAAAUACAAACUUUUAUUACUCCACACGAUUUGCUGAUUUUACUAGCACUACCGAGAUUCAGGAUGCCACCACUUAUAAGCCAAGAACCGCUGGUUCAACACAUAAGCAUAGUCUACAAUUCUCCGGUGAAUUGUUGCCACCUGGUGCUGAUUCCGCAGAAGGUGACGCCGAUGAGUUCUUACAACGUGAGCAAACGCAAUCAUUUGUGAAAUCACGAAACAACUUAAACUUAUCAAGCCAAGAGACUAAACACAAAGGUGACAAACAUAAUGCAUUUAAACCAACUGAACAUCCUUGGCAGCAAGUAUCUCAAGCAGAGUUUCUUGAUCCAUUAACUAUUAACGAUGGUUUAAUGAAAGGAGCUAAAACAACCACAUCAAGUCCAUUCACAUAUUUGCCCAAGGAGACAACUACACAAUUUAGUACAACUUCUGAAGGAAAACUGCAAGUACUAUCCUCGUCUUCACAUCGUUUCAAUGGUCAACGCAAUAGCAUACAACAGGGCAAUGUGGAUAGCGCUAAACAUAGCAAUACUGUCCAACAUUCAACUACCACAGAUUCUUGGCAAGAAAUCUUCAACAACUACGACAUACCACGCGAAACUCUGCCUUCAAGCAGCGGUUUACAACGAAUUGCUAAUAAAUUAUUUGGUGGACUUAACGAAUCUGAGGCCCUACAUCUCAAAAAUGUAAUGCAACAAGCAGAACAUAAUCGUCAAGUACUCAGUUUAUUACUUUUACUUAUACAAACCUGCGAUGAUCAUAAUGGCAAAGCUUUGGAACGAUCUCGUAAACAACUUCUUAGUGCGCUAAUAGAUAUGGAUGGAAAGAUAAAAUAUAACAAAAAUCAAAAUGGCAGCUAUAAGGUAUUGUCAUCAGCUGUCAGUGGAACUACAACACGUGUUCCGGUGACCACUUACAGACGGGGCAGUGAUGAUAUUUUCACACAAACUACUACAUACUCCCCUACAAGCACCACUACAGACUUGUCAACAACAACAAUUUCUUCUACUUCAUCAAGCAGUAGCCUAGAAGAGACAACGAAAUUCGAAAUACGCGUUGAAGAUCCUGAAGAGGAGUACACUACGCCCUCUUCAGGUACAGUGAACAGGAACUCUACAUCGGAUAAGAGAGCGCUUGAAUUACUUAAGUCAUUAUACUCCUUAGCUUCAAAAUUCACAAGUAGACGAUAAAAAAUAGUUAUGGGACUAAACCAAAAUACUCAAUUCCUAUUAGCAAAGAUGGAACACGAAAAUAAAAGGAACACAAUAAAUUAAAAAAAAAACUGGAAAAAAGAAGAAGAGAAAAAUAAAUGCAGUUAAGGUUUGAGGUAUUUUUGCUUAUAUGCUGAGGCUAACUACGCUGAAUGUUGAAGAUGUGUUUUCUAGCAGUCAAAAUUAAGUGUAAAUUUUUAUCG